AUGGCGGACUCGGGCGGAUCAGCCGACGCGGCGCCCAAGGUCAAGACGGUGCGCUCGCAGAAGAUCCUCCCGGACCCGUCGAACGACGCACCGAGCAAGGCCAAGAACCCCGAGCCCCCGCGCGAAUCCGACGACGAGCCGCUGCCACUGCCGCGAAGCCAGACACCCGGCCACUUGGCCGGCAAGAGCGUCAAAGACCGCCGGCGCAACCUCUCGGACCUCUCGGACCUCUCGAUUCGCCAACGCGCCCAGUCGGCGUCCUACGUCUCCUCCUCCUCGGCCUCGAGGCCGUCCACAUCUGCCGCACCUGCGCAGGACGCACCGAAACCGCUGCCUGCCUCGAGCAGUGCCGUCGAGCCCCCCCGUGCCCAGGAUGCCAAGGAGCAGAAGAAGCAGGGCCCUCGACGGCCAGCCACUACACCAGCCAAUCGCGGAACCUUGUCUGCCUCGACCACGGCGACGCGUCAGGCGCCCAUCAGGGUCACCCGUCCGCCACGGGGCCAGCACAUUCCUUUUCCCCCGCUUCAUGAUCCCAAGGAUGCGCCCGACGUGGAGCCCGCGCCGGCCUCGGGCAUGUACUGGUCCAAAGCCAUGGUUUCCGGCUCUCCGCAUCCCAACCUGCGGGCUCACUCGGCCACCCUGAUCGGCUCCAGCGUUCAUGUGUUUGGGGGCUGGGACUCGCGCACCUGCUUCAACAAUCUGUUUGUCCUCGACGCCGAUGCAUUCUACUGGUCCGUCCCGCGCGUCAUCGGCGAGAUGCCCAUGCCGUUGCGAGCCAUGACUUGCACGGCGGUGGGCAAGAAGAUUGUCGUGUUUGGUGGCGGUGACGGACCGACGUACUACAACGGCGUCUACGUCUUGGACACGCUCACCUUUCGGUGGACAAAGCCACGUAUCUUGGGAGACAAGGUGCCGUGCCCGAGGAGAGCGCACGUGGCCUGUCUCUACAAGAACGGCAUAUACGUGUUUGGCGGUGGCGACGGAGACAAGGCAUUGAACGACAUCUGGCGGCUCGACGUCAGCGACGCCACCAAGAUGGCCUGGAAGCUGAUAUCGAACCCGGAGAGGAGCCGUGGGGGCACCACGGACUACCGUCCCAAGGCGCGCGGCUACCACUCGGGCAGCAUGAGCGGCAGCAAGCUCAUCAUAUUCGGGGGCUCAGACGGCGCUGAGUGCUUCGACGACGUCUGGAUAUACGACGUGGAGACGCACGUGUGGAAGGCCGUCGACAUCCCCGUCACCUUUCGCCGUCUGUCCCACACGGCCACCCUGGUGGGCUCAUACCUCUUUGUCAUCGGCGGCCACGACGGCGACGAGUACUGCAACGACGUGCUGCUGCUCAACCUCGUCACCAUGACAUGGGACAAGCGCAAGGUGUACGGCAAGCCGCUCAGCGAACGGGGCUACCACACGACGGUGCUGCAUGACAGCAGGCUCCUGGUCAUUGGCGGCUUCGACGGGACCGAGGUGUUUGGCGACGUGACGAUUCUGGAGCUGGCGGUUCAUGCCUACUACUCGCAGAUUAGCCACUUCACCAUUGAGGUAUGA